UAAUUCUUCUUUGUCCAUUUGCUGAAGUGUCAACUUAUUUAGGUGCAAGCAAAACAUCAAUGAUUGGAUUUAUUAAUCCAACUCUGGUGCAUAUUAAGCAAGAUUUAUAUGAUGAAUGUUGCCAAUUUUAUAAUACACCAAAUUUGGUUAACUUAGAAAACUUAGAAACAGUCUUUGAUAAUGAGAUUGAAUAUGAAGAUGUUGAAGAGCAUGAAAUUUCAAAACAUCAUAGAAUAAAUAUCAAUGUUCUACAAAACUGUGAUAAUUUGGGAAGAAAAGUACAGGCAGUAUUGUACAAAGCUCUUGAAGCAUAUUGGAAUUCUCCAGCUGAUGAUUAUUUACUACCUACAUUGUUGGAUCCAUGUCACAAAAAACUUGAAUUUGCAGACUUUCUUGAUUGCAAGUUUGUUAUGGAUACCUUAAAAAAUAUGUAUAAUAAGUAUACUCAAGAUUCUCAACAAACUCUACUAACAAAUUUAACAGAUAUUGUUGAAUCAUAUAACUUAGAUAAUGAAUUAUUUACCAAAUCUCUUAAAAAAAAAUUUUGUUCACUUUCUCAAAAUAAUGAA